AUACUGGGCCAACUUGAAGUUGUGGUUCAAGCAGAAGAUCAGCAAAGAGGAGUUCGACCUUGAAGCUCACAGACUCCUCACCCAGGACAAUGUCCAUUCUCACAAUGAUUUCCUCCUGGCCAUCCUCACACGCUGUCAGAUUUUGGUUUCUACACCAGCAUAGAUUUCAGCCCCAGAACCCCCUCUCUGGAGCUCAACAGUUUGUGGCAAAGGAUCCCCAGGAUGAUGAUGAUUUGAAACUUUGUUCACACACCAUGAUGCUUCCUACACGAGGUCAACUUGAAGGGAGAAUGAUCGUGACUGCCUAUGAGCACGGGCUGGACAACGUCACCGAGGAGGCCGUGUCUGCUGUUGUCUAUGCGGUGGAGAAUCACCUCAAAGAUAUUCUGACUUCAGUUGUGUCGAGAAGGAAAGCUUACAGGGUUCGGGAUGGUCAUUUUAAAUAUGCCUUUGGUAGUAACGUGACCCCACAGCCAUACCUGAAGAACAGUGUGGUGGCUUACAACAACUUGGUUGAAGGCCCUCCGGCCUUUCCUGCUCCUUGUGCCAGUCAGAACCCAGCUUCUCACCCACACACCGAUGACGCUGAACAGCAGGCUGCAUUCCUGUUGGCUUGCUCUGGGGACACUCUACCUGCAUCGUUGCCUCCAGUGAACAUGUAUGAUCUGUUUGAAGCUUUGCAGGUGCACAGGGAAGUCAUUCCUACACAUACUGUGUAUGCCCUUAACAUUGAAAGGAUCAUCAUGAAACUCUGGCACCCCAAUCAUGAAGAGCUACAGCAAGACAAAGUCCACCGCCAGCGCUUGGCAGCCAAAGAAGGACUUUUGCUCUGCUAAAUUAGGAUUUGAAGAUUUGGGACCAUCAUAAAUUAAUUGGUUGCUGAACAUUGAAUGCUUUUGAGUCCACAUUUCAAAAUUGAAGUGUAUAGUGUAUGUAUAACCUUUCCUAUGGAAAUGUGACAUUUGAGUGCAUUUUGUGUUGCUACUGUGAAGCCAUUACUAUGUCUGAUGACCAGUGUAUCUGUCCCCAGCAUAUGGAGCAGUCAUUGUUCUGUGUCUGAUAGGGAUAUUAAGACACCUGGGGUGUCUCUGGUCUGUCAGUCAGAUCAGUGAUGUUGUAGAAUAAAGAUGCUGUUGUAGUUCAGUCCCAUGAUUAGCAGGACUACUGUGUGUUCAGUGAUGUAUGUUCUGUAUCUGGCAGCAUAAAAUCUGCUGUUCUUGAAGAGCUGUACUCUGCAUAUUGGUGGAAUAGCCUGGUGUUCAUCAGGAUCUUAGUGACUGGUGAGCAGAUGGAAACGCUCCCGUGUUCACUCCAGGGAGCAGGAUUAGAUGCGUGGUUCUUCUUUGCAUUUACUACUCGAGUCCAAUUCUUAGAAUGUAGUUAUCCUUACAGGGUUUUCUAUAAUUCCAUUGUUUUGGCAUUAGUAUGUCCAAAGGCUGACAAGCUUGUUAAUCCUAUAGAAUGUUUUCAUGAAAUCUUACUAAUUUUCCUAUUUCUACAAAAUGUCUGUUUUACCCUUUGAGGUGGUACUAUGACUUACCUUUGACAGUGUUACUGGUAACCAACCUGCUUUACAGCUACGUUGCUUUUCGCUCAUGUAGUACUGAUGAGUAAGUUAGAUGUAUUAGAUGGGUUUUCAUAGGCCUAAGCAUCGGGUACAUGUAAAUGUUUUUCGUGUGUUCCUAUAUCUGGAUCUGUGGAUUUGGUUUUGUAUUUUAAACAUAAUAAAUAAACAUUUUGGGAGAAA